CCGAGGAACCGAAAGAGAAAGCAGGCUGUGCUCGGAGGACCUCGGGCGACAGGAUGAAGCCACGGUGGGCGAGCCUCUUGCUGCUGUGCUGCUGCUGUCUGGGCCGCGGGGUCCCCCGGACCUGGCCGCGGAGCCACCAGCGGGAGGCGGCCGCCUUGCGGGAAAGUCUAAAUAGACAUCGAUACUUGAACUCUUUCUCUCAUGAAAACGCCACUGCCUUCUAUGGAAUAAACCAGUUUUCUUAUUUAUUUCCUGAAGAGUUCAAAGCUCUGUAUUUAGGCAGCAAAGCUACCUGGUCUCCCAGAUACCCAGCAGCAGGGCAGACGCCCAUCCCCAAUAUGUCUUUGCCGCUGAGAUUUGACUGGAGGGACAAGCAUGUUGUAAACCAAGUGAGAAACCAGAAGAUGUGUGGAGGCUGCUGGGCCUUCAGCGUGGUGGGUGCAAUAGAGUCGGCUCGUGGGAUCCAAGGGAGACCCCAGGACGACCUCAGUGUGCAGCAGGUCAUCGACUGCUCCUUUAAUAACUAUGGCUGCAGCGGUGGCUCUCCUCUCAGUGCCCUGAGCUGGCUGAACGAGACACAGGUGAAGUUGGUGGAAGAUUCAGAAUACCCCUUCAAGGCAGAAAAUGGCCUUUGUCGCUAUUUUCCCCAAUCACAAGCUGGAGUCUCAAUCAAAGGCUUUUCUGCAUAUGACUUCAGUGACCAAGAAGAUGAAAUGGCAAAAGCACUUCUCAGCUUUGGCCCUUUGGUGGUGAUAGUUGAUGCAGUGAGCUGGCAGGAUUACCUGGGGGGCAUUAUCCAGCAUCACUGCUCUAGUGGGGAGGCGAACCAUGCGGUUCUCAUCACAGGAUUUGAUAGAACAGGGAACACUCCAUAUUGGAUGGUACGAAAUUCGUGGGGCCGCUCCUGGGGAAUAGAAGGCUACGCCCAUGUGAAAAUGGGAGGAAACAUCUGUGUCUUGCAGAGAGAUGGACAACCAAAGUUCAUAGGAAACACCCCUCCCCACAGCAUAUGGACCUCCAAAGAAAUCUGGAACAGUGUGGAACUCAGAGAGCCUGGUGGGAUCAGAAGUCACAUCAGGCCCUCCAUCUGGAAUCAGUUGGGAUUUUUGCUGACUUUUUGUCAUUCUGGCUGUGUAGUGCAAUGGAAUGCUUUGGUCAGGUUGGAUCAAAGAAACAAUUAAAAUUGGUUCUCCUUUGUGGCCUGUAAUCACCAGCUGUAAGUGACCUCAUCUACUGGACCUGUCAGCCCCGCACAGUUGUGUGUCUCACAAUCACAGCAGCCUUCCUUGAGGGAGGGCCAUACGUAUGGAGUUGAAAUAUUGAUUGUGUCACCUCAGCAAAUGACCCUUACCUUAGACAGAAGAAUAACUAUGCACAAAGAAGAAUAUGCAAGCCCCUCCUCCAGACAGAAAACCCAGCUGAAUGAAAUACAUGGCAACCAGGUGACAGGAAGUAUCUUAUGCUACUUCCUGUUAGAAUUUCUAGAGCUCUUCACUGUCAAGGAUCCAAUACAUUUCUCUUCUUGCCGUCUUCUUGCUGUAGUAGAAAACAAGUAUUUUCCACAUUUUUCUAUCUCUCUUGUCUUUUACUGUACACUUCCCAUGUGUUCCCGAUGGUUCACCUUCCAGUCCAACAGAACUCGGUCCCAUUUUUGGCAUUCCACUUUAUUACCCAAUCUCUUAUUUUAAAAAUUUUCCAACACACAGUGGUCCCACUCAGUUUGUUCUUUGUUCAUGUCCUCCACUAGACUCCCAGAAUCAAGAACAAAACUCCUUAUUCUCUUUUCUGUUUUCAUGAGAAAUAAUCUCAAAAAAAAUAUGCAGAGACCGGAGUGUGGAAAAAUAGCAGAGGAGAGUUCUUAGUGUUUUUGAACAGAGUAGUUUAAUUAUUCAAGGACUCCAGAAAGGGAUUGAGUUCAGCUAUAGUUCUUAUCACUGUCUUUCAACAUGUUUUCGGUGGUUUUGUGAUACCCAGUUUCAAAUGCAAAAGAAAUUUUAAAUUUUCAAAAUGAUUGCUACUGCUCACGUAUUCUGAAUUUUGAUAACAUUUAUAAUAAAAACUACCUAUAUUUAACUUUGAAUUAAAAAGAACUUAUUCUUGAA